GGCAGCCUCGGAGAGCCGGGCCCAGCCGGGGGCGCCCGGGCCCUGGAUGUCCCGCAGCGCAGCAGCGGCCGGCGGCGAACCCAGGAGGCCUGAGCGACACUUGCCCCCAGCCCCGUGCGGGGCCCCGGGGCCCCCUGCGUCCUCCAGGACGGAGCCAGACGGGCCGGGCACCAUGAACAAGUUAAGGCAGAGCCUGCGGCGACGCAAACCCGCAUAUGUACCCGAGGCAUCCCGGCCACACCAGUGGCAGUCGGACGAGGACGCAGUGCGCAAGGGGACAUGCAGCUUCCCGGUCAGGUACCUGGGCCAUGUGGAGGUGGAGGAGUCUCGGGGGAUGCAUGUGUGUGAAGAUGCUGUGAAGAAGCUGAAGGCGAUGGGCCGCAAGUCCGUGAAAGCAGUCCUGUGGGUGUCGGCUGAUGGGCUCCGAGUAGUGGACGACAAGACCAAGGACCUGCUGGUGGACCAGACCAUCGAGAAAGUGUCUUUCUGUGCUCCCGACCGCAACCUGGAUAAGGCCUUCUCCUACAUCUGCCGGGACGGCACCACCCGCCGCUGGAUGUGCCACUGUUUCCUGGCGCUCAAGGACUCCGGUGAGAGGCUGAGCCACGCCGUGGGCUGCGCCUUUGCCGCCUGCCUGGAGCGGAAGCAGCGGCGGGAGAAGGAGUGUGGGGUCACGGCCGCCUUCGAUGCCAGCCGCACCAGCUUCGCCCGCGAGGGCUCCUUCCGAGGGCGACCGGCUGAGCGAGAGGCCCCCGAGAAAAAGAAAGCAGAGGCAGCGGCUGCCCCUGCGGCGGCUCCCAGCCCUGCCCAGCCUGGACAUGUGUCCCCAACACCGGCCACCACAUCCCCCGGUGAGAAGGGUGAGGCGGGCACCCCCGUGGCAGCCAUCCCCCGGCGCCACGCACCCCUGGAACAGCUGGUGCGCCAGGGCUCCUUCCGCGGCUUCCCAGCACUCAGCCAGAAGAACUCGCCUUUCAAACGGCAGCUGAGCCUCCGGCUGAACGAGCUGCCAUCCACACUGCAGCGCCGCACUGACUUCCAGGUGAAAGGCACAGUGCCAGAGAUGGAGCCUCCUGGGGCCAGUGACAGCGACGGCAUCAAUGCUCUCUGCACGCAGAUCAGCUCCUCCUUCGCCAGUGCUGGGGCCCCGGCUCCAGGUCCACCACCCGCCUCGACAGGGACAUCUGCCUGGGGCGAGCCCACCGUGGCCCCGGCCACCCCCUUCCAACCCGGGCACAAGCGGACCCCCUCGGAGGCCGAGCGGUGGCUGGAAGAAGUGUCCCAAGUGGCCAAGGCGCAGCAACAGCAGCAGCAACAGCAACAAGCAGCCGCCGGGAUGCUACCUGUCCCUGUCCCUGUCCCUGUCCCCACCGGGCUGCAGCCCUUCCCUGCCACCGUGGGGCCCUUCGACGCGGCCCCUGCCCAAGUGGCCACCGUGUUCCUGCCACCCCCGCACCUGCAGCCCUCGUUCGUGCCCACCCACCCGGGCCUGGGCUACCCACCGAUGCCCCGGGUGCCCGUGGUGGGCAUCACGCCCUCCCAGAUGGUGGCCAACGCCUUCUGCUCGGCCGCCCAACUCCAGCCCCAGCCUGCGGCCUUGCUGGGCAAAGCGCGCGCCUUCCCGGGCCCCACCGUGCCCAGCGCCCCCGUGGGCCAGGGGCGCCCUCGCCCAAGUGGGGCACCCUGGCCCCCGGAGCCCACCCCUGCACCGGCACCCCCAGCCCCCGAGUUGGACCCCUUCGAGGCCCAGUGGGCGGCCCUGGAAGGCAAACCCGCCACCACCGCCGCCGCUGAGAAGCCCCCCAACCCUUUCUCCGGGGACCUGCAGAAGACCUUUGAGAUCGAGCUGUAGCGGCCUUUGCUGCGGGGGGCCUGGCCUAGAGAGUUGGGGGCUGCAGCCUGCACCCCCAAACACCUCUCCAUCUUCUCCUCUCCUCUUCUCCCCGCUGUAGAACCCCACCGAGACGCCCUGAGCAGGACAGGAGGGAAUUCAGGGACAGAUCCCCACGCCUGGCACUGGCAAAGGGACUCGCCUUUGGGCUGGCAAGUCCGCUUCCCCCCCCCCCCACACACACACACAGACACCCCAACCCGGCCCAGGGACCCCCACUGUGAGGAACCCUCCUCUCUUCCAGUCCUAUUCCCCGGUUUCUGUUGUACACCACCUUUACAGUGUUCGGGCGAAGCCGGAGGAGGGAUGUCCACUUAGGGGCUCGCCUAGCCCCCCCCCAAGAGUGUCACCCUGAAUUUGGGCCUCCCCAUACACACAGAACACUCAGCACAAGCAAAGGGCUCCCCUCUGCCCGCCCGCUGUGUUCACUGCCAAUGUUGUGCCCCCCCCCUGACCCCACGAGGGGUCGCCUCCUCUUCCUCCUCCUCGGGCCAAGGACUCUGUGGGGAAAGGGCCCGAGUUGGGGGACCCCGGGAGAAGGGGGAGGGGGACAGGGAAGGAGAUGCUCAGUUACCUCACGUUGGUGCCCGUGGUGUUGGGGUCCCGGAAGAAGAAGGAGGGGUGCCUGGCGGGUACUUUUUUCUAUCUUUUAUUUCCAGAUUUUUUUGUAUCUAAACUUACAGAUUUGUAUUAUACAGGACAGCCAAUAAAGGAAGAUAUAACGGAA